UACGCCAUCGUGUCUAAACUUGUAUAAAUAGAUACUGUCUCUACUACGAAACCGUAUCAUCAACACUUGAGUAAAGCAAUAACACUAGCAGGAAUGGCUAAGCUCAACUACAAGAAGAAUGGGAUCGUGAAGCUGAAGGUAGUUGCAGAGAUGUUUCACAAGAGUCUUCCUUUAAAGAAGAAAUGGAAACACAACGAAGCUCGCCGUGGUUCAAACAACGUGCCUGAUGAUGUGAAAGAAGGUCACUUCGCUGUGGUUGCCGAGCACGGUGAAGAACCGAGGAGAUUUGUGGUUCCGUUGAGUUACUUGACGCACCCGAGGUUCUUAAUGUUGUUGGAACAAGCGGCCGAAGAGUAUGGCUUCGACCACAAGGGAGCGCUUACGAUUCCUUGCUGCCCAAGCGAACUCGAGAGGAUAUUAGCUGAUGAACAGCAGCAGCAAGGGCAAGAAAGGGAGGAUCCUAAUGCUAAUGUCACUUGGGCUACUUCUUAUGAAGCUAUGAUCCAAAGCUAUUGAAACACUUAAAACUGUUAUAUAUAUAUAUAUAUCUUAUGUUUAGGAAUUUAAAGGCGGAUGUAGUUUUUUUGAAUUCAUGUUUUCUACUAAUUUCAAUAAAAUGAAAUGAAAAAGAAAAUCCUAGUUGAAAUUA